AGCAGAGUGAAUGUGCGUGUGUGGGAUUAUAUAUAUAUGAACACAACAUAAAUUGAUUAAGAUUCCUGUCCCACUCACUCCUCUCCUCUCCUCUCCUCCACUCAUCACUACCUCCACUGCUCCUCCGCCGUCGCCGCCACCCUCCUUUAAUUCACCCACCCAAUUUUGGGGGAGGAGCAGCUCCACCACCACAACCACCCUUCACCAAGCUAUUAUUAGCCAUUCAUUUUAUUGCUCUCUUCAUAUCAUCCUACAAAAUCACAAAUUAAAUGGCUUCUUCCUUAAAUAUCCUCUUCAUCACUCUCCUCCUCCACCUCUCCCAAGCCAAGGGUGCAACAUUCACAUUUGUAAACAAAUGCUCCCAAACAAUUUGGCCAGCAAUUCUAGGAAGUCCGCAGCUCGAAACCACAGGCUUCGAGCUCCAGAAAUCCGGUUCGCGCGCCUUCCAGGCGCCAACCGGCUGGUCCGGCCGCUUCUGGGGCCGGACCGGCUGCAAUUUCGAUGAAACCGGCCACGGCUCCUGCCAAACCGGCGACUGCGGCUCCGGCCAAUUGGAGUGCAACGGCGCCGGCGCCACCGCCGCCACGCUCGCCGAAUUCACCCUCGGCUCCGGCUCCAUGGACUUCUACGACGUCAGCCUCGUCGACGGCUACAAUCUCCCGAUGCUCGUCGAGCCCGGCGGCGGCGGAUCGGGGCAGUGCGCGUCGACCGGCUGCGUGGAUGAUCUCAACCAGAGGUGCCCGGCGGAGCUGAGGGCGGGGAGCGGCGGCGCCUGCCGGAGCGCGUGCGACGUUUUCAACACGCCGGAGUACUGCUGCAAGGGCGAGUACGGAUCGCCGGCGACGUGCAAGCCGUCGGCGUACUCGCAGGCGUUCAAGAGCGCGUGCCCUAAGUCGUACAGCUACGCCUACGACGACGCCACCAGCACCUUCACCUGCACCGCCGCCGAUUACGUCAUCACCUUCUGCCCCUCCCACCCUAGCCAAAAAUCAUCAAAAUCGGAUGAUGCUACCACGGCGGAUGAUUCCGGGUCGGGUUCGGAGCCCGGAUCCGAUACGGGGACCGGGGCGGAAACCGGACCCGGGUCGGUGCAGGAGGCUAUUUUGGCGGACGGGUCAUGGUUGGCGGAUUUGGCAACGGGGGACUCGAGUCCUAGUGCCACAGUGAAAGCAUUGCUGGCAGUUAUUGUUGUACAUCUAGCUGUUUCACUUGUACUUUUUCAAUUGUAACAUUUGUUUUAUAGCGUUAGAGAUAAUAAUAAUAAUAAUAAUAAUAAUAAUAAUAAUAAUAAUAAUAAUCGGAAAAGGAAAGCUACGAUUUAUGUCAAAUGAAAAUUCAUGUCAUUAUAAAUAAUUCUUAAUGUGGAAA